AUGGAACCUGGUGUGCAUCAAGAGCAAUUGGAAGAGUUUGCUAAUUGGCUAACUUCAAUAGGUGAUGGUACUAUUGGAGUAGAUAAUGAUGGUUACGCUGAGUUUGAUAUCCCAUCAAAAUUGUUGUUGCAAUCGGAUGAUGAUCCUAUUUCCACUAUUGUUCGGAGUAUGUUCCCCAACUUUACUGAUGCCAACAUGGGUGGAAGUUGUUUUAAGAGUAGUGCAAUUCUAGCACUAACAUUAGAGGUGGUUAAUGAAGUGAACCAAUAUAUGUCAAACUUAACUCAAGGGGAAGGAAAGACAUAUCUUAGUUCAGACACAACCUGUAAAGCAGAUGGUUCUAGUUCUGUGCUAGCUGAUGUGCAUACACCUAAAUUCCUUAAUACCAUAAGAGUUUCCGGCCUUUCAAAUCAUUCUGUGACAUUAAAGGUAGGUUCACCAGUAAUGUUAAUGAGAAACAUUGAUCAUACUCUUGGAUUAUGCAAUGGAAUUAGGUUGGUGGUAACUAAAUUAGCUAACCAUGUGGUUGAAGGAAGCAUAUUGGCAAGUCCGAAUGCUGGAACUAAGGUUUUAAUUGCUAGAAUGACUAUAACCCCAUCAGAUCCAAGAUUACCUUUCAAGUUCAACAUAAAACAAUUUCCCCUAAUGUUGUCAUACGCAAUGACUAUCAACAAGAGUUAA